AUGGUUGCAUUCACCCGGUUGCUGCUUGCCACCGCGGCGCUGAUAUGCGGAGCGGCUUCAGUCAUAGUCGAUCAACAAACAUUAAUCGACAUUGUCACAAAGACACCAGCAUGUGCGAUGCCAUGUUUUACCAACGCAGUCAUAUCAAGAAACUGUAGCCUUGCGAGCGCACAACUAGUUGCAGAUUGCAUCUGCGUCUCCAAUCCGACUCUUUCAGUAGCGGCAACUUGCGUGCAGAAGAGUUGCAAGUGGAAGGAGCAGCUGAUCGCACGGAACUUGACGUUAUUUUCUCUGUGCAAGGGCUACCCCAUUGAGAAUCGCAGUGCCGACGUCAUCAACAUUGCCAUUAUCGGAUUCGCUGUCACGGUACCAGUUGUGAUCUUAAGGAUAUUGUCGAGGCUAUACAGCUCAGGCCGACUCUGGUGGGACGAUUACACAUGUCUUGUUGCAUCUGUGUUUUUGUUCGGAAUGCUUGGAAUGCAGUUGGAAAGCGCGCGACUUGGAUUCGGCAAACAUAUCUGGGUCAUCGAUGAAAUGCCAGGCCUGUCACUACUAAAGUACUUCUGGUUCGGUCAGAUGAUGUACAUUGUGGUCCAGGUCUUUGCCAAAAUCUCCAUUCUAAUUCUUUACAUUCGACUGUUUACCACACCAUGGUUCCAGAUGUUUUGCAAGCUCAGUAUGGUUUUUAUGGCCUUGCACGGUGUGGGGUACAUGGUCCUCGUCAUUGUGCAGUGCCUGCCGGUUGCCGCAGUUUACGAUCGAAGCAUCGAAGGCAAAUGCAUGGAGUUCAACCCAAUCGUCUACUCGGGUGCUGCAUUGAGCGUUUUUGAAGAUGUGGUCCUGGUGGUGAUACCAAUCCCCGAGCUCUGGAGUCUGCGGUUGAACUUUAAGAAAAAGAUGGGGCUGAUGCUAAUGUUUGCCAUUGGUCUUGUCGCCACGGUCACGAGCAUUGUCCGGAUCAACUACCUGGUCAAGAUCGGGUUUACAUAUGAUCAGCCGUGGGACAACGUGGACCCAAUAACGUGGUCCGUAAUAGAAGAGUUCUGCGCCAUCAUCUGCGGCAGCCUCCCUUCAUGUCGAGCAAUAGUGAACGCGUGGAUCCCACGGAUAUGGUCCUCGAUCGAUCACUCAGACGUAGGCAACAGCCUGGACGUACAGAGAGACAACGCCUUUGCACGAUCCGAAAAGGCCCUCGGAGGUGCCCCGCAAGCGGCCAGACGAAAACGAUUCUCGCUCUAUCGAUUGACGACCGAGAUCGAUCCAUUAGAUCUGGACUUUCGCCAGUCGGGCGGAAAGUGGAAGAGCUGCCCGUCCAUCAACGAGCGGGAUAGCGAGGAUGGAAUGGGCAAUCUAGAAGAGAUCACCAUCUGCUCGGACACGAAGCGCGCUUCCGAGACGCUGAAGCGGAGGACAGAGAUCGGUGCGAGUCCAGACGACCCGGACAUGGUGAGCGUGCCGAUACACAGCCCGGGCGAGGUGGUUGAGAUGUCGCGGCGCGCCAGCACCAGCGUCCUGCACCAAUCCGUCGUCGAGAGUCUGGUCCGGUACUCGAUGGCGCCGUCGUCGCGUUCGAACCGGUCCUUUUCCGUCAUUGGCAACGCGUGGGUAGCCCCUGACGCCACUGUCGAAGGUGGCGCCAGCCACACGGCAGUGGCGUCCGACGUUCCCGACGUUCCCGCCGUGCCAGAUUUGCCAAUCGACAGGCUUGUGUGGCCGCUGCCGUCGAGGUCGGUGACGUCCAUACAGGCUGAUGCCGAGUUCAGCGGCCCGAUAAGAGACCGUCUCGCCAGCGACGGCAGCAUCAACACGGAGCUGGGGAUGGAGGCGGAGGAAAAAAGCGGGUUCAUGGGCAGUGCACGUAAUUCACGUCAAGGACUGCCCGGUGGUCUCAUCUAA